GGCCUGCCAGGCCGGGCUCCCCCCCCGGGGCGGGCCGGGCCGGGCCGGGCGAAGGCAGAGCGGCGGGAGCGGCGGCGGGAGCGCGGCAGCCGGCGGGCCGGCCAUGGUGGGCCUCAAGGAGGAGCUGCUGAAGUCCAUCUGGCACGCCUUCACCGCCCUCGACCUCGACCGCAGCGGGAAGGUCUCCAAGUCCCAGCUCAAGGUCCUUUCUCACAACUUAUGCACAGUGUUAAAUGUUCCCCACGACCCAGUGGCCUUGGAAGAACACUUUAGAGAUGAUGAUGAAGGGCCAGUUUCCAAUCAGGGUUACAUGCCUUAUCUAAACAAGUUCAUCUUGGAAAAGGUUCAAGGAAACUUUGACAAAGUUGAAUUCAACAGGAUGUGCUGGACUCUCUGUGCAAAAAAGAACCUCUCUAAAAGCCCUUUGCUGAUUAGUGAUGAAGAUGCAUUUAAAGUGUGGGUUAUUUUUAACUUCCUAUCAGAGGACAAAUACCCUUUAAUCAUUGUACCUGAGGAGAUCGAGUAUUUACUUAAAAAACUCACUGAAGCAAUGGGAGCAGGCUGGCAGCAAGAGCAGUUUGACCAUUAUAAGAUUGCUCUCAACACCAGUCGAGAAGGUCUUUCUGCAUGGGACCUCAUUGAUCUCAUCGGCAGUGGGCAGUUCAGUAAAGGGAUGGACCGACAGACCGUGUCCAUGGCAAUCAAUGAAGUCUUUAAUGAGCUCAUAUUAGACGUACUCAAGCAGGGCUAUAUGUUGAAAAAAGGUCAUAAAAGGAAAAACUGGACAGAACGAUGGUUUGUGCUGAAACCCAAUAUUAUUUCCUACUAUGUAAGUGAAGAUUUAAAGGACAAGAAGGGAGACAUCAUACUGGAUGGCAACUGUUGUGUAGAGGCUUUGCCUGACAAAGAUGGAAAGAAAUGCCUUUUUCUCAUAAAAUGUCAGGACAAGAGCUUUGAGAUCAGUGCCUCUGAUAAAAAGAAGAAGCAGGAGUGGAUUCAAGCCAUACAGACCACUGUCAACCUGCUGAAGGCGGGGAGCCCUCCACCCCACAAAGAAGCUCGGCAGAAGCGGAAGGAAUUGCGCCAGAAGCUGCUGGCUGAGCAAGAGGAGCUGGAGCGGCAGAUGAAGGAGCUGCAGGCAGCCAAUGAGAACAAGCAGAGGGAACUGGAGACUGUGAGAAAGCAACUGGAAGCAGCAGCUGCUCGUGCUGCUGAGGAAGAGAAGAAAAGACUUCAGACUCAAGUUGAAUUACAAGAUCGCUUCAGUUUGGAGCUGGAGAGAGAAAAAAUGGUAAGACAAAAAAUGGAAGAGCAGGUUGCUCAGAAGUCAUCUGAACUGGAACAGUAUUUACAGAGAGUACGUGAACUGGAAGAAAUGUACAAGCAGCUACAGGAAGCUUUGGAGGAUGAGAAACAGGCACGUCAAGAUGAAGAGACUGUAAGGAAACUUCAAGCCAGAUUACUGGAAGAGGAGUCAGCAAAGAGAGCUGAACUGGAAAAAUGGCACUUGGAGCAGCAACAGACCAUUCAGAUGACAGAAGCAGAGAAGCAAGAGCUAGAAAAUCAAAGAAUGAUAAAGGAACAAGCUCUUCAAGUUGCCAUGCAGCAACUGGAACAACUUGAACUGGAAAGGAAAGAGGCCCUUGAGCAGUAUGAGGAGGUUAAAAAGAAGUUGGAAAUGGCAGCUAAUAACACGAAGAGUUGGAAAGAUAAAGUAGCUCAUCAUGAGGGAUUAAUUCGACUAAUAGAGCCCGGCUCCAAGAAUCCUCACUUAAUCACCAACUGGGGCCCAGCUGCCUUCACUGAAGCUGAACUGGAGCAAAGACAAAAGAACUGGAAAGGGAAAAAAGCCACUUCUGAGGAACAACAGUAGCUGACAUACAGUUGAUGCACAGAAGCCCACCUUUGUUCAUUCUGCUUUGCACAGAGCAGCUUCUCGCUUAUAAAGGUCUUAGUUUGCUCAGCAGGUUGGGCCUUUCUACACAGGAAAUACUGUUUGCCACAUAGAAGCGUCUGCUCAGAGUUCAGUGAUUACAACAUGUGGUGUCUGACAGUACUUGCUGUUUUCCCUCAUGUUUGCAGAAAUCUUUUAUACAAAACUUUUCAACUGAAAAUUUUUACUUAAAUGUAGCUUGUGACAGGCUAGUAUAGAAACAACUGUGUAACAGUCUGACAGCAUCUAACCCAUCAGGCAGCAUCACUCUCCUUCCAGAAAGUGAGAGAAGGUUUCAUUGGUUCAGUUGGUAUAAUUUAAACACAGGAUAAAUCAGUCCUGGAGGUUCUGUGCAACUCUGAGAAAGAGCAUUACCUUUCCUUCCACUGAGUCUCCUUUUGUCUUUGCUCUGUUACUCUUUGCACUGUGCUUAGUGCUCAAAUAGAUUCCUCCUUAGUGAGGGCAUCACUGGGUACCUGCUGGCUGCUCAGAUUGUGUGUCCUGUUUCCUCUGUCUGCAGGAGUCCAAACAAAAGAACUGGAUAUAGGCAUGUAGAAAAUGCUGCCCUAAAACAUUUGGGCACUGUAGUCAGGCAGGAUGAUUAUUGUACUGCCUCAUACUUGAGAAAUGCAAAAAAAAACACACCCAUGAGAGUUUACUUCAUAGUUCAAAAGAUGCACAGUUUUGACUUACAUUUUUCUGGAGCAAAUGGAUGGAAAAUGACAGCACAUACAGGCCCAGAUGUCAUCGGCAUCAAGACAAUGCUUGUGCAAGAAAUCUGACUAUAAGGUACCACCAUUUUAGAUGCAGCACUUUUGUCUUAUUCUUAGUAGGAGGUCAGAGUUAACAAAAAAAAAAAGGAAGACAAAAACUAAAUUUGAUACUUCUAUUUUAGAAAAAAAUUAUAAACAUGUAGCAAUAGUGCUUUAGAAAAAAACGAAUUUCCAUCAAUAAAAUAAUUUCAGCGUUUCUAGUGAUGAGGCUUCCCAAAGAGCCUACUGCUCUGCCUUAGACGUUUUCCAGGGACAAAGCCAGUUAUUUCUGAUUCUGUAGGGAAAAGGAACUAGUCUGGGAUGUUGCUUUGUAGAGCUCCCACAUCAAACAAGUCAGUCUGUUGCCAAGUGAAAUCAUGUUCUUGCUAAACUGUACAGACUCUCUUGAGAGCUAAUUUCCCCCUCCAUAAGAGCAGGUGCCCAUUAGCGUGGCUUUUGUUAGUUCUGACCUUUGUAUGUACACUGAACAUGGAUGUCCAUCUCUUAGCACCUGCUUUUUAGUUCAGCUAAAUGUUAAAUUAUUUUUAGUAAAUAAGAAGAGAAUGUUUCAGAGGGAAAACCAGUGCAUUUAUGUACAGCAUUGUGAUACGUGGCGCUCAGAGCAGCGGAAGCUGUAUGGAAGUGCUGUUCAGGUUUGGAAGUCAGUAGCAUUUUAUUUGCCUAUUAACUAAGACUCACUCAAAUACUGAAUUCUCUCAGACAUUUAUUCUCUGGUUAUAGUUUUAUACUAAUUUCAGUAAAUGGAGUGCUGAUUGGAAUGGCAGGAAAAUCCAGGAUCUUCCUAUUUGUAUUUACUGUACAGGAAAGCAGUAGUUCCUUAAGAUUGCUAACAAGGCAUUUUUAAAAUUUAUUAUGUUUACAGAAGAAAUGUGAAAAAAAAAAACAACCACCCUGCAAUAGAAAUACUAAUGUAUACAUCGUUAAACUUUAAAGGAGAUGGAACAGUAUUUAUAACUACCAAACAUCUUUUAUGUGGAGAGCAGAGUGGGAAUUGGGGCUAAACUUAAUUUUUCUAACAGUUGUUAUUUUGGACAAAUGUUUUUUAAGAACACCAAAUGAUGCAUGUUUUCAUAUUUUAUACUGUUCUUUAGAAUUGGCUAUUUAAUAAAGUAAUACAGAGUCAUUUACA